GUUAGCCUCAUCGACUUACCCGGUGAACGACCCAGUAUAUGGUUAACUCCGUCAUGUAUAAUCAUAAGAGGACAUUAUAAAUAAUAUAUUCCUUCUACUAGUGGCAUCUUCCGAAUAUGCUGCGUGCUAGGGUUGACCUCCGCGGACCCUCGAUCUAGCGAUGGGGAGGAAAUGAUAAGAGAAAGGGGUAUAAAUACGUUGUUCGUGAACAACACAUCGCUAACUCUACUAGCAACAUCUCACAACGGCUAAAUCGCAACUAUUCGAAAAUCCUAUCAAUUCUAAGUUCUUCAACAACUAUAUCACUAUGAAAGAAGUAGUUAUCCAAAGCUCUCUCGAUGCAUUCGUGGUUAUCGAAUCUCCUAUUCCCACCCCGAGAGACAAAUAUGUUGUCGUCAAGGUCAUUGUCUCCGGAAUGAACCCAAAGGACUGGAAAUAUCCUUACUGGAGCGGGAAACCUGUGAACAGCGGCGAUGACAUCGCUGGAAUCGUUCACUCCGUCGGCAAGGAUGUCUACGAGUUCAAGCCAGGUGACCGCGUGGUAGCGUACCACGAAGUCAUGACAGCAAAUGGCAGCUUUGCAGAAUAUGCCGUAGCUCCAGACUGGACAACCUUCCAUCUUCCGCACAAUGUGUCCUUCGAGGAGGCUGCAACUAUUCCCACUGCCGCUCAUACUGCUAUGAUGGCUUUGUAUGUUAACUUGAAACUUCCUUCUCCUUUUGAGGAGAGGGGGUUUCCAGAAGGAAAGAAAGUGCCUUUCCUCAUAUACGGUAUCUCUUCGGCCUGCGGAGCAUUCGCUGCCCAACUCGCCCGACUGUCGGGUCUUGGUCCUAUCAUCGGAGUUGCUGGAAGAGCUAGUGACUUCGCAAAGACCUUAGCUGACCACGUCCUUGACUAUCGGAAGGGCGAGGAUGCAUUAGUCGCAGGUGUUGAAGAAAUCCUCGCCAAGGAAGGUCUGGGCAAUAAAGUUCCUUUUAUUUUCGACGCAAUCAGUGAGGGCGAGUCGUUCGAAGUAACUACUCGGGUUGUUGACCCUAAUGGCGGCAGCAUCGCCACCGUAAUGCCUUUCCAGUAUUUCGCGAACACUCGGGAAGAUUUCAAGUUCCCGGAUGGCGUAGAAGUUUCCAACACCGUUGUUCCCAAGGUCUUCUCGACCCAUAAGGACCUCGGGUUUAUCUGGUCUAGAUAUUUCGGGCGUCUAUUGGAAGCUGGAAAGUUGAAGGGACACCCGUAUGAGGUUAUUCCAGGAGGGUUAAAUAGUGUUCUGACAGGCUUGAAUAAGCUAAAAGAUGGACAGGCUAGUGGGGUGAAAUAUGUCUACAGGAUUGAGGAAUCUGGAGAUGUCACUACUGGGUUGCAUAAGUUGGAUCCUGCCCUGGUUUCUCACAAGAAUUCCCGGAGGGUUGAAGAGUUCUUCAAGUUCAAGCUUCCUUAUUGACACUCGACGAUAGUACUACGCGAGGGAUGCGGAUACUUCUAGUCACGCUCAUACCUUAAGUAUUCCACAUUAACAAUAUUAUAUCGCAGC